AUGUUACACGAGAACAGCACAUCGGAGCUGAACACCCAGGAAGGCAGCAUAUCGCACGUCGAGGACCAGCAGGACGAUCACAGCCAACGAUCACAGCCAGAUGAGGCAUUGCUGCAGGCUCGACAGAGACGAAAAAUUGCGCAACUUGAGGAGAAACUUGAGACUCUCGAAUCAGGGCGCGCUGUAAAAGCAAAGCAAAGAAAUUACUAUGUGUUGCAAGGAAGAGCGAUCAGGUGUAUUGUUACUCUAUUCGAUACUAUCGAGGACCUUAUCGCCAAAAAUGACCGAAGGUACAAAGUUGAGGAUGAUGCAGAUUCUAGCAUCGAUGAAGAUCGGCUACAAAUAGGGUAUGCUACCCUCAUGGGUACUUUAUCAUGGCUCCCUGCGCAGGCUAGAGACAUGGAAUACGAUGACUACACACAUAUGUUAAAACUGCUUCAGCAGGGCGCCGACAGUGCUCGAGGUGACAAUACCUCGAAGCUCAAGGUUCUUGUCACUGAAUGGGUUAACCGCGAAUUCAAGCCCGAUCCUUUGAUUGACGCUGACGAUAAACAUUCUCGUGGUUUCACCAGCGAUGCAUGCGGCAAGCUACUCUGCCCAGCUGAGCUUGAUUGGAGCAAUCCCAUCGUAAGGGCAGGGAUUCGAGACCGCUCAGAUGGCCAUAUCGUGACUGAUCUCUCCUUCCUGACUUUCCUGUAUGAUAAGUACACCACCAAUUUGGAUGACUUAGAGGAAGGUCUGUUCAAAAGCAAAAUGCUUCUGCAGGCGUAUAACGCUGUAUUCACAUCACCCUCCUCAGCAAAGGACACCGAAGGGGAUGGUGAUGGCAUAGAUAUCAUUCAGAACAACAGACGCGCUACGAGGUCUGCCUUCGGAGGAGUCAAAGUAAAGAAACACAUCGCACAAAUCAUCCAGAUGAAAAAAGUCACACCUCGCUCGAUCGCAUAUAUCGCAUGCCAAGUUCGAUUUGCACUUUCGUCUGUUACCUCGUGGUGGCCUGUUGACGGCGACUUUGACUAUGAACAAUUUUGGCGGACCAUUGUAGACUUUUUCGAAAAGGCCCCUGGUCGAGUAGCGCGGCGUAGGGUUAAUGCACUCCUCGAAUGGUGGACCAGAAAGGUCUUUGGACGGAACAACCGUGAUGAACUUACCAGCACAGCAAAGGCCAACAUGUCCAUCAACGCUCUUGCAAGGCAGAGGGCACAGUGCGAUGACGCUUCUUUUGAUUCAUCCUAA